GACAAACGGACACGUGGAUAUAAUACUUUAUGCCACCUAGCAAUUCCCAAUUUCCUUUUAUAGCUAAAACUCAGACAAGAACUCUCCAGAUUAAACUUUCAAAUUCAGUUUGCCCAGUUCAGUUUCAAGAUCCAUGGAAGCUGCAAAAGAAGAUUCACGUUUGCUGAACAAGAUAAUCCCACCACGCCUCGAAGAUGCGGGUCUCGAAGACUGUGCUUUGCCGCCUGACGCCAUCAAGGAAGCCUUUUUUAAAGCCGCCUCCGUUGUCAAGUCACGCGCCACCUCUUUCUUCCACAGCGACGACGAAGAGGAAGACUGCCUGGACGACCCCUGGCCCCAGACCAAGGACGUUUCCGACACUGUGGUAGGAGUUUCCUCGCUCCCGGAGGCGACUGGGCCGUGUGGGGUGGUGAAGGGUGGUGGGGUUGUGGAGGAGGGUGAAGAUAAAGUGGUGGUCACAGGUGGGGGUGGUGGUGAUGACGUGGCAGAGGAAAAGUAUGACGUGGUGGUGGGUGGUGCUGGUGACGUGGCGGAGGGAAAGGGAGGGAGUGGGUGCGUUGAAGGGUUAAAGGGCUUGAAGAUUGAAGAUAAAGAGAAGAAGGAAAAUAAAGAGAGUGAGAGGCCAACUUUGGUUAAAGGAUUUGUGUGAGAUUAGAUUAAUUAAAUAAUAAUUAGUAUAAAUUAUUCAAAUGGAAGUGUUUUUGAUUUUUGUUUUUGUUGUUGCUGUUGCUGUUGUUGUACUUCAGUUAUGAAAUGUUAAACAAAUUUUCGAAAUGUUAUUCAAUUCUGGUAAA